AUGCAUGUCGAAAUUCUCCACAUUAUUCCUCUUGGCCUAACGAAAUACUUGAUGACUUUUCUCUGGAAACAGAAGAUGCUGACUACAAGUGAAAAGGGAAGACUCCAGGAAGCUCUAAACUCUUACAAGUCUUUCCUGCCUGGAAUUAUGAGCAAGCUCUUUAGUGACAAACCAUUGGCAAGUUUGUUCAUUAAAGCCUUGCAUGCAUUAGGCUGCCUGUCGUCUUUGGUGUACAUGCAUGGAGUCAACCGGUGCUUCGACUACUAUAUUGCCCAGAUAAAACACGCUGUCACUGAUGUAACAGAUCUGCUUUUUCAACUGGAUGUCCAGAUUCUCCAAAAAGGAUUUUCUAAGCAAGACUUCACGUUCAAGCCAAAGGUCCACCUUCUGCAUCAUAUCACUGACAACAUUGUUUGUUUCGGUUCCGUGCUGCAAUACAAAACUGAAAAUGAGAAACCAGCUGGUAAUGGAACAAGAUCUGUGAGAAGUUCAAUUGGUGAUUUUGUCAAGCUGGCCCCUGUCAAUUUCCCAUGCUUUAAUCUCCAUUUCUUUGGCUCUCGUGUCAACAGUGACAAUUCCGGGUUGUCGACUCCCACUUUGUGCGAUACACUUGCAGGUGUUUUUCAAUCAAAUGGUCAAUUAUUCCUUGGUCAGGUAAAGAUCGUUCAAGCAAGAGACUCUGCAGACAGAAUGAGGAAGGCAUUCUUUAUGCAAAAGUACCAAAUUGUUCUGAACAGCAAUAUAAAUUGCAUCUAUACCCCAGCCAUGGUAAUGGACAAUUACAACAACAUUGUGGUUCUGCCCCUUGGAGGCCUGGUUGAAGUCAACAAAGAUGACAUCAACAUCGUUCAGGCUGUUGAUAUUCACUUGUCCGUCGGGUCUUCCAAUAACCAAAAGAUUCUCAACAUUGCAAAAUUCGGCAUGUUCUGGUGGAUGUUGAUGAACAUUGCAAAAAUCUAUUAA